AUGGUUCGCAUCACACUCUUCAGCGCCAUCAUGGCCACCUUUGCCAUUGUCGCCGUCACUGCUACCGCUGCUGAAGCCGACGCCGCCAAGCCGCCCAUCCAGACGCUCUCCAAAGGCGUCUCGGAAGACCUCGACGACGAAGGCAAACCGAUGCAAUACAUCAACUCUGUCUUUGGCGACGAGGACGACGACGACUACACGCCCGAACAGCUCGAGCAGCGUUCCGUUAUGCGACGCACCAAGCACCACCACAAACACUCUCGCAAGCACAAAUCCAAGACCUCUUCGCGCAAGCUGUUCACGGUCGGUCCCGCUUCCUCGGACUCGCUCUGGUCGAACAACGUGCAGAUCACGUGGUACGCCUCGCACGACCUGCAGAACCCUCAGUGCGGUAACGGUGGUGGAAGCUGGCAACCCGAGAACAGCUCGCACAUCGGUGCCGUCGUCAAAGGUUGGACGGACGGCCCUCAGUGUGGAGAGUUUGUCAAGCUCUGCAACAAGGACGCCAACAACCACUGUGUUCAGGUCAGGGUGAUCGAUAAGUGCGCGGGUUGUGGAGAGAACCACGUCGAUCUGACCAAGUCGGCGUUCAAGAAGUUGAGCCCGAGUGGAAGUUUGACCGAAGGCAGGAUUCAUGGUCUGCAGAUGUACAGGAGCGGCCAGAAGCCCAACCCUUGGGAUAUCGCGCUGUUCGGUCCCAAGCUGCUGCAGGGUUGA